AGGUAGCAAUGUCCACAUGUGUUUGAAAAGUCACUUAACUAGGACAGCUGUCUGUGUGUGAUGUGAGUAAGUGAAAAUAAUUAAAACUGAAUUAAUCCAAGAAGAAUUAAGUACUUAUAUGGUCAAUAAAAUGUCAUAAAAUGGAGAUUAAUGCCCAUCACAAUACCCCUGAACCCUAGUUGACUUUUUCAAAUUACUUUUUAUUUAUUAUGAUAGAGUUUGGCCAAAACAACAGUCCAAAUUCCAACAACAUACAUUUUAUAAUCAUACACCAGAGAAGCAGCAAAUCUUCACAUUUGAGAGGCUGAAAUCAGAGGAUGCCAUUUCUGCUUGAUAAAUACUUAAUUUUAUUUUGGACAAUGCAACAUUAAUCAACAUUUGGGUAAAUGCAAGUGUUAAAGUCAAAGAGCUAACUGUCAACUGCAGUCCGUCCUCCUGGUGAGAUGUUUUAAAAUUGAUUAAUGGACAACAUAUCAGAAUCACUUUAUUGGCCACACAUUGACUCUGGUUUUACCUCGCUAACACAGACUAACAGCAUAAAUAAACAGAACAAGUUCAACAAAAUAGGCAUAGAUUAAUAUGUACAGUUAUACAUUUAUACAAACAAAAAACAAUAACAUUUGUAGACAAUACUGCAAAGGAUGCUGAAAUAAAUAUUUUACGUACGUUAUUUCAACAUUUCAACUCUAAACUAAAAUAUGUAUAAAACGGAAUACAGAUGCAGAACAUACGUUAAAAGAAAUGUCACAAUUGACCACUUUUGCAAACGUGAGUGUUACGUUGUACAGUUGCUCCUGAAUGUAUCACAAACGGCUUCUUCGCACUUUCCGACGGCACUUGAACGCAGCGUACGAUAGCUCGCAGGCUGGCUUAGCAUGUUGCUACCAACGGCGACAAAUAACUUUAUCAACUAUUGGCAUGGAGGGAGAAAACGACUUGAUUUAUGGUUUAACUAAGCCUUAGCGAACACCUAUCCUCCUGCGGUACAAAUGGACGUGAGUGAGUGUGUUUUAUCGGCGGGCAGAGCCGUGCAGGACAUGGUGGAGCGGGAGUGGCAGCCGCUGUCCCCGGGCGAGCUGGAGCAGAGGUUGGACCAGGCGGUGGAGGAGAUCCUGGAGGCUGAGCUGAUAGCGAAGCUCAAAAGUCAGCCUCCUCUUAGUCCUGCCGUGUAUGUUCAGCUACUGCAGGGUCAAGCAAAUGUGCAGCCUCAGGUUUUACAGGCAACAACACUAUCCAGUCCCCCGGAGGAAGAGACACCAGAGCCCCGGGAGCCACCGGAUCCUGUGCACAGUGCAGCAGUGCAGCACAUCGCAGACCUGCUUCAAAGCUCCAAAUCCAGGGCUCGAAUGGCCGGACGAGCUCGCCUGUCCCUGUCCCACACCGUCCUGCUGUCCCUCACUCUGCUCACUGAGCGUGUCAGCUACCGCUCGGUGUCUCGUCGCUUCCACCUGGAGAAAGGAAACAUCCACAGGAUCUUCUUUUCUUUCUGCGAGCGCAUCAACACGCUGGAAGAGACGCUGAUCAGAUGGCCAGUCGGUGCAGACGCUGUAGAGACCCUUGUCCCACUCGCCAGUUCAGAGAAGGAACAAGAGGAGCAAGUCGUCCCUCAGGUCCUGGGAGUCUUGGGACACAUCCGCAUCCCUAUCCGCCUGCCGAUAGGAAAACAUGAUGUGGAGAGCGCAGUGCCUGAGGUGAAGAGGAUGAAGAAGGAGGCCCACCCCGACUCCUGGCUAAACCUUCAGCUCGUGUGCGACAGUAAGGGCCGGUUCCUGCACUGCAGAAUCAGUAGAGGAUCAGAUGUGGACAGAGGCGGCGCUCUGAGGGACAAACUCAAACAGCAUCCUGAACUGAUGCCCUCCGGCUCCUGCCUCGUGGCCAGAGCCGGAUACCCGCUCACGCCUCAGAUUUUAACGCCGUACGCAGGAAGUCUCGGACCAAAAGAAGAGCUCUUCAACAAGACGCUGGAGGAGCAUUUUCACAUCCUGGAUCAGGCUGUCACCAACCUGAGAGCCAGGUUUCAGAGGCUCAGGUAUCUGGAUAUUGGGAACUACGAUCGAGCCAGAGCUGUUGUGCUGACUGCCUGCGUGUUGCACAAUGUGUUUUUGGACAUGGGACAAGCGAUUCAAGGGGAAGUUGAGAAAGAUGAAGACGUGAGCCGAGAGGGAGAGGGGGAGGUGGACGACGAGGGUGCACGCAGACGUGACGCCAUCUCAGAUCUGUUGUUGAAAAACUGUGAUUGUGAUAGCGCGUGAUGUGACGAGGCCUGUUGGACAACUUGUGUUUAUAGAUGUAAAUGAGCAGUUCUGUAAUAUAAAAGGUUUAUUUUAACCGUC